AAUCUUUCUCUUUAUUUCAGUGGAAGCAUCUCUAGUCAAAUCAAUGCGUGUAACUGUAUAUUAAUGCUAAAUCCAAAGGAAUAACCUUGUGGUAAUGUUAUUUUAUUUCUAGUGUUCCAUUACAAGGUGGAAAGUUUCCUUCUUGCAGGCAGCACAUCAAUCCCAACAGAAGAGCUGAAUUAGAGGAUACAGAUGACAAAUCAAAGGACUCCAACAUCUACAUCGCUAGAACUCAAUUGGAGAAUGUUUAGACGGUGGAUUGCAAGAAGGCCAGCAACAACUCAGCCUCUGAGCUCUGCAGAAGCAUUAACAAUGCCAGGGGUUCAAGUCAUUGUUUUGAAUGCCAAUAUGCGUUGUAACAACUGCAGAGAGAGAGUCUCCAAAUUGCUCUCUAAAAUGGAUAAUUUGCUGGAUUAUGUAGUGGAUGUAGCCCACAAAAAAGUGACAGUGAGAGGGAUUGUGGAUCCAAAGAAGAAGACAAAAAGACUGAAGAGGAUGAAAAGACUUCUCAAUCAGAAAAGGGAAUUGGGUAACAUACAGUUUGAAAGGCUCAGUAAACACAAGGAUCUGGAGAAACCCAAGAGGAACAAACGCAAUGCUUUUCCACAUAAUCUUAUCAAUGGAGGCUGCUGUUUUCGCUAGCAAUCUCUUUUGUCUAUAGCAUUUGACUACAUGUGUAAGAUGAAUAAGUUUUCAGGCUAAUUAAGCUUCUAAUAAUUCCCAGCUGUAAAUAGACUUCAACAUCUUUUGUACCUUGUCGUGGCCUUACAUAUUUCUCGUUGGAUAUUAAUGUUUGUAUUUCAUAAAAAUUUGAAUGAAUAAAGCUCAUCCGGGAUAUUUGUAUGUUA